AUGACGGUGCUGUUGCCUCUGGAGAAUACGAUGAAAAAUCCAAGCCACAUGCCUCUCAUACUCGCAACGACUAUGAUUAUAAACAUGUUUAUCUACGCUGCUUUCGGAUUCUUCGGUUACAACAAAUACUUGGAUGCUUGUGAUACAGUCAUCAAGAAUUUGCCACUCGAGGAUGUUUUGGCUCAAAUCGUGAAAAUCGCAAUCACUGCCUCAGUCAUAUUCACCUACGGGCUUCAAUACUACGUUCCCAUCACCAUUCUGUGGCCUUUCAUCGCCAAGAGGAUCCAACAUGAUCAUCACUACGAGAUAUUUUUCAGACUCGGAGGCGUCACUGCUUCGACCCUUCUCGCUGUGGCAGUUCCGCAAAUGGCUCCUCUCCUGGGUUUCCUCGCAGCUCUCAGUAUAACGACCAUCGUUUUAUUAAUUCCUGUGCUCAUUGAGUUCAACACGAAAUGGGACAUGAGUGAAAGUCGUUUCUUCUUCUGUUGUCGAUCAAUCAAAAAUAUCAUCAUCACCAUACUUUGGCUGCUUCUUUUGGUUUUCGGAGCGUCAGAAAAUCUGCGAGAAAUCAUCAAAACAUUCGGUGGUAAGGCAGAAGCCGAAGCGGCUAUAUGCUGAGAGUGGUUCGUCCGAGCGAUUUCAUCUCUUCCAGAGUCAGCUCAUCCGAUAGGAUCAACACAGGAUCUUACGACCCGUGAGAUCACCGUGAACGCACAGACAGAAACACACGUAUAUGGACAUAUUGAUAAAAAGAAAAAAAAAAACGAAUUCCUUAAGCUUCGA